CUAGUCUUGUUGCCUUUUAAUGUGUGAAGUUUGUAGUGGAAAACAAUCUGAAGCAAGAAUGAUGAUCACUCGAAACUUCAUCUUCCUCUUCACUUGUUCAUCUCUCUUGAUUGUUUUCUUUCAAACUUGUAAUGCAGCCGACUGCACCCCUUCUGCGUGUGGCGUUAUUCGCAAUAUUAGCUCCCCUUUCCGCCUCAAGGGUGAUCCCAAGCACUGUGGUGAUCGCAAAUACGAAUUAGUCUGCGAAAACAACGUCGCCUCAGUUCAUCUAAACUCCCAGAAAUACUUGGUGAAAGCGAUCAAUUACAGUGACUUCACCAUCAGGCUUGCUCAUGUUUCCAUAAACAACACCACCUGCUCUUUUCCUAUGUCUUCUGCAUAUGAGCCUUCUUAUUUCGAUCCUUAUGACUUGGUCUUGGAUAUGAAUUGGCCUAUUAAUUUCAUGAGCUGCGAGCAUCCAUUGCAAAAUUCUUCAUUGUCAACCCAAGUUACUGAUUGUGAGCAAGGCAGACAUACUUACAUAAAGGUUGGCCACAUGCGUCUCGCAGAUGUGGAGUAUAUGUGCACACUAGUUUCCGUAGUUGCAACAGCUUGGAAUUUUAGGGAUGUGAAUAAUGUAUCGCUCUCAGAAAUCCAUCAAUCUCUGCUCUAUGGAUUUAAUCUGUCUUGGAUAGGUUUUCUUUGUCGGAAGUGCAACAAAGGAGCUGGUUGUUCUGUGGAUCCGAAUGGCACUGUUACUUGCGGCGAGCACCAUUCUGGUCUCUAUUACGACUGGGAGCAAAUCAAGUAUUCCUUCCAACCACCUGAAGGUCCAGCUGCAGGCUGUCUCAUGCUUUUUAUGCUCAUAGCUGCUGUUGUAUUUGCAGGGGUAAGCAUUCCGGCAAAGAUUAUCAUCGGAUUUGGCGCCACUUAUUGGGUUUUUGUGAAAAACUGGUGGCGCCGUGAUAUUGAACGCAUCAUUGUUGUUAGCUAUGAGGUAAGAUUCAUAGUUGGGAUUCUCUGUGGAAUGGGCUUCUUGAUCUACAAGUUUAGAAGAAGGCGUUUGUCGAUGUACGAGGAAAUAGAAAGCUUCCUAAAAAGUGACAACAAACUCUCGCCAAUCAGGUACUCAUAUUCAGACAUAAAGAAGAUGACGAGAGGUUUUCGAGAAAAAUUAGGUGAAGGAGGGUACGGUUGUGUUUAUAAAGGAAAGCUCCGAAGUGGGCAUCAUGUAGCAGUCAAAUUACUGGGAAAGGCUACAACGAAUGGGCAAGACUUCAUCAAUGAAAUUGGAACCAUUGGGAGGAUCCAUCAUGUGAAUGUUGUCAAGCUUGUUGGAUAUUGUGCUGAAAGGUCCAAACGCGCCCUCAUAUUCGAUUUUAUGCCAAAUGGUUCCCUUGAAAGGUACGUCUUUAGCCGAGAAAAAGCAUCUUCAUUGCAUUGGGAAAUGAAAUUCAAGAUUGCAGUUGGAGUGGCACGAGGAGUUGAGUAUUUGCAUCGUGGUUGUGAUAUCCAGAUCUUACAUUUUGAUAUCAAACCUCACAAUAUACUUCUUGAUGACAAGUUCGUCCCAAAAAUAUCAGAUUUUGGGCUGGCAAAAUUGUGCUCCAUAGAGAAGGACACUGUGACCAUGACUGCUGCUAGAGGAACCAUAGGAUAUGUUGCUCCUGAACUCAUCAAUAGAAGUAUUGGCGGAGUGUCUUACAAGGCUGAUGUGUAUAGUUUUGGGAUGUUGUUGAUGGAAAUGGUUGGCUUAAACAGAGAGUUGAGGGGAAACAAUGAUGAUUCUAGCAAGUAUUUUCCAGAUUGGAUAUAUGACCACUUUAACCAAGGUAAGGACAUUGAAAUUGAAAAAGCAGAGGAAAAGAAUGGAAAUGAUGAUGGGAAUGAGAGUAGAAAGAGUCUUGUGCAGAAGAUGACAAUAGUUGCGCUAUGGUGCAUACAAAUGAGGCCAGAUGAUCGUCCAUCAAUGAGUAAAGUGUUGGAAAUGUUGGAAGCUGAUGUUGAACGUCUGCACAUUCCAGUGUAUCCGUCUCAAUCAGCGCAUGUGGCUGGAAACAAGGAAGAUAGUCGGGAUACAAGUGCAACUGAUUCAGUAUCAUUGCUACAUUAUAGCAAUGGGAGCAGCAUUGAGAUUACUAUUGCUUGAGUCCGUUUUCUCUUCUAUUUUUGCAUGAUGAACCUGCAAAUAAAAAGAGGUUCCUCUUCUUUUUUCUUGAAUUCACAGAGGUUCCUUUUUAUGUAUGAGUUUCCUAGCCUUCGUUUCUUCAUCGAGUAUCUCUUCUACAUUAAAAAAAGUAAUACAAUGAUCUCAAGUAUCAGCGUAAGUGAUUGUUGUAGUUGUGAUUUGUUCAGAAUCAGAUGCCAACUCGUCAUUAUUGAAUUUCAUGCGAAUAAA